UUAUACUCUUCUUCUUAUUCUUCUUCUUCUAUACACACCAAUAUUUUAUUUCCAACUACAAAGAAAGCUCUGUUUAUUCUUCAUUCUUCAAAAUCCUUGUGAUCUUUGUUUUCUAAGCAUAUUUCCAUGAUGGGCACCUUGCUCCAACUCUACCCUUUUCUCUUCCUAUUCCUAUUCCUUCCAAUCCUAAACACAGUUUUAUCACAACCCCAACAACUCUUUUAUUCUGGAUUCAAUCAUAUUCCUGGAACCAACUUAUCCCUGACUGGAAUAGCGAAAAUUGAUGACAAAAAUGGAAUCUUGAAGCUCACAAACGAAACAAGUAGAUUAAUUGGGCAUGCCUUUUACCCAAUCCCAUUUCAGUUCAAGAAUAACAAUGGCAGCAGAACCUUCUCAUUCUCUUCAUCAUUUGCAAUUGCCAUUGUUCCUGAGUAUCCAAAGCUUGGUGGCCAUGGCUUGGCUUUCACCAUUUCAGCUUCCAUGGAUACUCUCAAGCAUGCACUUCCAAGCCAGUAUCUUGGCCUACUCAACUCAACCAACAUUGGAAACUUCUCCAACCACCUUUUCGCCGUCGAAUUCGACACUGUCCAGGACUUCGAAUUCGGCGACAUAAAUGAUAACCAUGUUGGUAUAAACAUCAACAACUUGGUUUCCAAUGUUUCUUGUAAUGCAAGUUACUAUGCCGAAGGCGAAGGCGAAGGAAGACUUGAAAAUCUAAACCUUAAGGGUGGUAAACCAAUCAUGGUUUGGGUUGAUUAUGAUUCUGUUAAGAGUGUGAUAAGUGUUACACUCUCUCCUUCUUCUACAAAACCAAAGAAACCAACUUUGUCAUAUUCAUUGGAUCUCUCACCAAUCUUUCAUGAGAGAAUGUAUGUUGGAUUCUCUGCUUCAACCGGUUUGCUUGCAAGCUCCCAUUAUGUCUUGGGUUGGAGCUUCAAGAUCAAUGGAACUGCUCCAACACUUGAUCUCGAUUCGCUUCCAAAGCUUCCGGGUCCCAAGAAGAAGCAAACUCCCAUGGUUGUUGGGGUUUCAGUUGCUACUUCAUUCAUUGCUCUGUUUUCUCUGUUUCUUGGAUUUUACUUGUUCUGGAAAAUCAAGAAUGCUGAUGUUAUAGAGCCAUGGGAGCAUGAGAUUGGGCCUCACAGGUACUCUAUGAUUCAUAAAGUCUAUACUCAUAUAAAGAGCUCAAAACAAGGUCUUAGAGAAUUUGUGUCAGAAAUCGCCAGCAUCGGCCGGCUUCGCCACCGGAACUUGGUCCAAUUGCUUGGCUGGUGCCGCCGCCGUGGCGACCUCCUACUUGUGUAUGAUUUCAUGGAAAAUGGUAGCCUAGACAAGUACUUAUUCGACGAGCCGAAAACGAUCCUAAGAUGGCAACAAAGGUUCAAGAUCAUAAAGGAUGUUGCUUCAGCACUUUUAUAUCUCCAUGAAGGAUAUGAACAAGUGGUGAUUCAUAGAGAUGUUAAAGCUAGUAAUGUUCUUUUAGAUAGUGAAAUGAAUGGAAGGCUUGGAGAUUUUGGUUUAGCAAGAUUGUAUGAACAUGGUGGUCAUCCUAGCACAACAAGGGUGGUUGGAACAUUAGGUUAUUUGGCACCUGAGUUGCCAAGAACAGGAAAAGCCACUCCUAGCACUGAUGUUUAUGCAUUUGGUGCAUUAAUGCUUGAAGUGGCAUGUGGGGUUAGGCCUGUUGAUCCAAGAAAGGCACAACAUGAGGAUCUGGUUUUGGUGGAUUGGGUUUGGAAGAUGUACAAAGAAGGGAAGUUAAUUGAUGUUGUGGACCCAAAUUUGAAUGGUGAUUUUGAUGAGAGGGAGGUUGUUAUGGUUCUCAAAUUAGGCCUAAUGUGUUCAAAUGGUGCACCAACUUCUAGGCCUAGCAUGAGGCAAGUGACUAGGUAUUUGGAUGGUGAAAAUUUGUUGCCUGAUUCAUUGAUGAAGCCUCAUCAUAAUAACCAAGAGGGUUUUGAUGAGUUCUUGAAUCCAUUUGGGUCUUCUUUUAGUAGUUCAGAUAAUAUUGGCAUGUAUGCUAGUUUUCCUUCAUUCACUAAUUCCCCUGUUUUUACUCCUAUUGGUAGGAGAGAAACAAGCUGAGUUUCUUUCUCCAUUGUAUUUUGUAGUAAUAGAUAUUGUCUUAUAAUUGUAGAGAGAAAGUUAUGAUCAUGAAUCAUGAUGAUGAGGGAGUUAAAUCCCAAAACAUGAAAGUUUCUAUUUUGGUUCUGUUCCUCAA